UUUUUCAUACACUACUUUAACUUCCUCUUCCUCUUUUUCCUUGAGUUUAUUGCAUCUCCUCCUCCGCCUCCUGCAGCUCACCAGGUGUUUCCUGGUCUCACUUUCACCAGGAUCAAGUCCUGGAUAACUUUCAACAUCUACCUGAAGGUCGAGGACAAAGUGUGAGCUGAUGUGAAUCCAGCAGCAUGGACCAGGAGGGAGUCCAUCCCUCUGAGACCACUGUGAGUGGAGAACAUGAGGACCAGAGCCUCCAGCCCCUCAGACCUGACCAUGUGGCCUCUGAGAACCAGGCUGAACCUCCCAGGUCGGACAAUGAAGCCGUCAUUCCAGCAGAGAAGUUGGUUGCCGGCAUGAGGACUGAGUUGGUGAAAAGGGUGUCGACAGAAGUCCUUACACAGCUGCUGGAUGCCCUCGUAACAGACGAAGUCUUGAGUGAGUUGGAGAAAGAAUCGAUAUCUGAGAUGCACCCAGUCAGAGCAGACAAGGUACGCCACUUCAUUGACAUUGUGAAGAAAAAGGGAGAGGAGGCCUGCAAGAAGUUCAUCCGACAUCUUCAGUCCAUAGAUCCUCCCCUUUCCCAUCAUCUGCAUUUGUCCUCUGUUCAACCUCCUAAGAAAGAUGCUGUUGAGAGGUGUCGACGUAAACUUAAAUCUAGUCUGAAGGAGAAGUUCCAGUCUGUGUUUCAGGGGAUUGCUAAAGCUGGAAACUCAGCCCUUCUGAAUGAGAUCUACACAGAGCUCUACAUCACAGAGGGAGGGACUGCAGAGGUCAAUGAUGAACAUGAGGUCAGACAGAUUGAAACAGCAUCCAGGAAACCACACAGAUCAGAAACAACCAUCAGAUGUGAAGACCUUUUUAAAGCCUCACCUGGAAGACAUGGACCAAUCAGAAGAGUGAUGACAAAGGGAGUGGCUGGCAUUGGGAAAACAGUCUUAACACAGAAGUUCACUCUGGACUGGGCUGAAGACAAAGCUAACCAGGACAUCCUCUUCAUAUUUCCAUUGACUUUCAGAGAGCUGAAUGUGGUGAAAGGGCAAAGGUUCAGCUUGUUGAGACUUGUUCAUCACUUCUUCACUGAAACCAAAGAAGCAGGAAUCUGCAGCUUUGAUGACUUCCAGGUUGUGUUCAUCUUUGACGGUCUGGAUGAGUGUCGACUUCCUCUGGACUUCCACAAGACUGAGAUCCUGACUGAUGUUACAGAGUCCACCUCAGUGGAUGUGCUGCUGACAAACCUCAUCAGGGGGAACCUGCUUCCCUCUGCUCGCCUCUGGAUAACCACACGACCUGCAGCAGCCAAUCAGAUCCUUUGUGAUUCUGUUGACAUGGUGACAGAGGUCAGAGGGUUCACUGACCCCCAGAAGGAGGAGUACUUCAGGAAGAGGUUCAGAGAUGAGGAGCAGGCCAGCAGGAUCAUCUCCCACAUCAAGACAUCACGAAGCCUCCACAUCAUGUGUCACAUCCCAGUCUUCUGCUGGAUCACUGCUCAAGUUCUGGAAGAAGAGUUGAAAACCAGAGAGGGAGGAGAGCUGCCCAAGACCCUGACUGAGGUGUACAUCCACUUCCUGAUGGUUCAGGCCAAAGUCAAGGGGGAGAAGUAUGAUGGAGGAGCUGAGACAGAUCCACACUGGCAUAAAAAGAGCAGGACGAUGAUUGAGUCUCUGGGAAAAUUGGCUUUUGAUCAGCUGCUGAAAGGAAACCUGAUCUUCUAUGAAUCAGACCUGACAGAGUGUGACAUGGAUAUCGGAACAGCCUCAGUGUACUCAGGAAUAUUCACAAAGAGCUUUAUAGAGCAGAAAGGGAUGUACGUCAUCCCGCAGUUCAGUUUCAUCCAUCUGAGCAUUCAGGAGUUUCUGGCUGCUCUUCAUGUCCACCAGACCUUCAUCAACUCUGGUGUCAACCUGCUGGAAGAGAAAAAAACAUCUCUGUUGUCUAAAGUCCUUCGAAGCAAAUCUGAAGUAAAACAAUUCUACCAGAGUGCUGUGGACAAGGCCUUACAGAGUCCAAAUGGACACCUGGACUUGGUCCUCCGUUUCCUCCUGGGUCUUUCACUGCAGACCAAUCAGAAUCUCCUUAGAGACCUGCUGAAACAGACAGGAAGUAAAUCACAGACCAAUCAGGAAAUAGUCCAGUACAUCAAGAAGAAGAUCAGAGAGAAACUGUCUCUGGAGAGAAGCAUCAAUCUGUUCCACUGUCUGAAUGAACUGAAUGAUGGUUCUCUAGUGGAGGAGAUCCAACAGUCCCUGAGAUCAGGAACUUUCUCCAGAGAUAAAUUGUCUCCUGCUCAGUGGUCAGCUCUGGGCUUCAUCUUAAUGUCAUCAGGAGAAGAUCUGGAUGAGUUUAACCUGAAGAAAUACUCUGAUUCAGAAGAAGCUCUUCGUAGGCUGCUGCCAGUGGUCAAAGCCUCCAACAAAGCUCAACUGAGUCACUGCAGACUCUCAGGGAGAAGUCUUACAGCGCUCUUCUCAGUUCUCAGCUCCCAGUCCAAUCUGAGAGAGCUGGACCUGAGUGGAAACACUGUGUAUGUUACAGAAGUGGAGACGCUGUCUACUGGUCUGAAGAGUCCAAACUGUAAACUGGAGACUCUGAGAUUGAGUAACUGCAGUUUGUCAGAGAGCAGCUGUGAUUAUCUGGGACCAGCUUUGAAGUCCAACCCCUCCCAUCUGAAACAUCUGGACCUGAGUGGAAACAACCUGAAGGAUUCAGGAGUGAAGCAGCUGUGUGGUUUUCUGGAGAGUCCAGACUGUAGACUGGAGACUCUGACGUUGAGGAGCUGCAGUUUGUCAGAGAUCAGCUGUGAUUAUCUGGGACCAGCUCUGAAGUCCAACCCCUCCCAUCUGAAACAUCUGGACCUGAGCAACAACAACCUGCAGGAUUCAGGAGUGAAGCAGCUGUGUGGUUUUCUGGAGAGUCCAGACUGUAGACUGGAGACUCUGGAGUUGAGUUGCUGCAGUUUGUCAGAGAUCAGCUGUGAUUCUCUGGGACCAGCUCUGAAGUCCAACCCCUCCCAUCUGAAACAUCUGGACCUGAGUAAAAACCUCAACCUGAAGGAUCCAGGAGUGAAGCAGCUGUGUGGUUUUCUGGAGAGUCCAGACUGUAGACUGGAGACUCUGAGUUUGAAUUCCUGCAGUCUGUCAGAGAUCAGCUGUGAUUCUCUGGCCUCAGCUCUGAAGUCCAACCCCUCCCAUCUGAAACAUCUGGAUCUGAGUGAAAACACAGACCUGAAGGAUUCAGGAGUGAAGCAUCUGUGUGGUUUUCUGAAGAGACCAGACUGUAGACUGGAGGAUCUGAGGUCAGUUAUUGACUUUUAUUGUUGUAGAUCUGAUAUGUUUAAUCACCAACUGAAUCUAAUUCUGUUGCUUGCGGUGGGGAAGGAGGGUUUGCAGUCUAGGAAGUUUAGGUUUAGUCAAAAUAUAUAUAUCAGUUCCAUUUUGUCAAAGAUCAGCUGUGAUCAUAUGGUCUCAGCUUUGAAGUCCAACCCCUCCCAUCUGAAACAUCUGCACCUGAAUGGAAACAAAGACCUGAAGGAUUCAGGAGUGAAGCAGCUGUGUGGUUUUCUGGAGAGUCCAGACUGUAGACUGGAGACUCUGAGAUUGUGGAGCUGCCGUUUGUCGGAGAGCAGCUGUAGUUAUCUGGUCUCAGCUCUGAAGUCCAACCCCUCCCAUCUGAAACAUCUGGACCUGAGUAAAAACAAGUUGCAGGAUUCAGGAGUGAAGCAGCUGUGUGGUUUUCUGGAGAGUCCAGACUGUAGACUGGAGACUCUGGACUUGUUGACCUGCAGGUUGUCAGAGAUCAGCUGUGAUUCUCUGGUCUCAGCUCUGAAGUCCAACCCCUCCCACCUGAAACAUCUGGACCUGAGGUUUAACAACCUGAAGGAUUCAGCAGUGAAGCAGCUUCUUGUCCUUGUGAUGAGUCCAGACUAUAAACUGGAGGUGGUGGAGUGGAAGUUCGGAUAAACAUGUGCAUCGUGAGCUGUGUCCUGAUGAUCCAGAUGUUGAGGCAGCAAAGGCAUUUCUUUCAUUUGGCACAGCAAUACCACAAUAUGGAGUUCUGGAGAAUUUGCUGGAGCAUUAUUUGUCAUUGCUUUAUACUGCUGCUAUUAUACACGACCUGGCCAAAAAAUAUAGUCCAAUCCACCUGGAUGUAACUGAGCUCAUAGUCCAGCGCCUCCUGGUGGAUCAUUAGUUCAACAAGUUAUUUAAGACCAACUGAUGCAAUGAGGAGCUUCUCAUUUCUCCAACAACCAUCUGUAAAGACACAUCCUGUGGUGG